UAAAUCCUAUUCAGUUGGAUCCCGAAGUACAGUACGGGCUCGCCUUAAUUGGAUUUCAUUCGUACAACAGUAUUCCGAAUAUUGAUUCAAAUUGUAAUACGUUUAACUACCGGAACAUAGCCAAUCGUAUCGGAUAUAUAGAAAUCCCCGAGGGUGCAUAUGAAAUAAGUGAUAUUGAAAAAUAUUUACGAAAGAGAAUUAUUCAAGAUUCCAUUGAAGAUGAGUUAGCGGAAGGAAAGAUUUUAUCGAUAAAACCUAACCAUAACACCCUCAAGUGUGAAAUAUAUAGCGAAACACUUGCAAUUGACUUCAGCACACCGUCUUCUGUUGGGAAAUUGUUGGGUUUUUCGGCAAAACUUCUAGAAACAGGAACACUUUACGAAUCUGACUUACCUGUGGAUAUAGUAAAGGUGAAAACAUUACAUAUCGACUGUAACAUUACCACGGGUGCGUUUUACAAGGACAGACCGACACACACCAUCUACGAAUUUGCAUUGGACAGCAACCCUGGCUACGCGAUUGACGAAACGCCAAGACAUAUUAUCUAUCUCCCCGUAGUGAACAGAAAUCAAAUUUCAAACAUUUCACUGCAGAUUUUGGAUCAAAAUUUUGAACCUGUUAAUUUCCGAGGGGAGGAAAUUAUUAUCCGAUUGGAAUUGAAAAAGCUCACGUAAAAUGGGUUUGACUUUCGAUUACUAUAAUUCGGACAACAACAGUACAAAUCCAUCAGUAUAUGAAAAACCGUCAUCGUGUGUGAAUCAGCUUAAUUAUCAACAGCAAAAGAAGAAACAGAAGCAGAAGCAGAAGCGCAGGCCGAAGCAACGUUUGACUCUAGACAACGUAUUGUUUUUACAAUCACUGGGUUACAAUGUCGUCGUACAAUCAGGUGUUCGAGGUCUACCGCAAACCACGGUACGACGAAACAAUUCAAAAAAUGGAAACUCGCACCUAUUACCCAUACAUAAAAUCGUUCAAUAAUAACGACGUUAUUGAAAUCUCCAUAAACCAGAGGGAUUCCUGGGUACUGAUGCACGAGGCGGCAAUUGUGAUUGAAGGGGAGCUGAGAAGAGAUGGAGGUGAACUGCCACAAUUAACAACUGGAUCAACGAAGGAAAUUUGGGGUGUGAAAACAUGUACAGCUGUGGAGAGUCCACGAUUUGUAAUUGUUGCUUUUCAAUCGGACAAAAGAGAAAAUGAUUCGGUUGAUACGACCGUCUUUGAUAAUAUGCACGCCUCGGAAGUACGGGUCGUGUUGAACGGUGAAUAUUAUCCAGCUGAACGACAGGGUUUGAAUUUUGCCAAACACAGUUAUACCGAAUCGCAUUACAACUAUACUCAGUUUUUUAACAAUUUCAAACAUGAUGCAUCCCAAGCAAAGCAACCUCUACUCGAUUAUUCAACGUUUAAGGAUAAUACCAUAUUUGUUAUUGAUUGCUCCAAAAGAAAUACAGCACUGAAACUGGGUACUAUAGAUGUUAAAUUGGAAAUUGAAUCGAGGGUCGCAUUUCCCCAGAAAACAAAGGCAUAUUGCGUAAUCGUGCACGAUUGUGUUUUGGAGUAUCUACCGCUAAGUGAAAUUGUACGCACUGUGACUUAAAUAUAAGUUGGAUAUCGGCAUCACAAUGUGAAUAGAACGAGAAAAUAUUUCAUUGUGUAAACACCACAACGUCCACAACACUAGCAAACACAUGGAAUCCAACAAGCCUGUCGACGUCAACGUACCGGCGGACAACAACAACAACAACAACAACAUCAACAAGAACAAGGAAUGUGAAAGUAUUGUUGCAAUGAAUUGCUGGCGGGAUGUUUUCGAAAAUCCGUUUAGAUUUAGAAAUUUAAAAUGUAAACCUGUAGUUAGAAUAAUUACACCAAGAAAUGUAUUGUAAAAUUAAU